AUGGGCCGCCAGCCAACAAGCGGGUACUGCCAAACAUGCAGAAAGAGGCGUAUCAAGUGCGAUUGUUACCUGAUUGACAAACACGCAGAUAAGACGAGACCUCGCUGCGGCCAAUGUUCCGCUUCCGGCCAUCGCUGCGGUGGGUACCGUCUCCCCUUGAGGAUGGAAGUCUAUGGCGUCCAUUCAGACAACAACGGGGCUCAGAAGCUGGUGAGACUUUCAACGGCCAGCUUGAAGCGCUUGACACCCUCUUCGGGCCCCACUGUUGAAAUACGUCUCAACUAUCCGUAUUCCCGGGAAGAAUUAUCCCCGGCCUACUUCUUCACAACCUACAACUGGGCCCCCUUCUUUCGUCCGCUCCUGUUGUCCGCCACGAACGGCGACUUCCCCGAAAUCAACAAAGUCUGUCUCCAAGCUAUCUCAUAUGGAUACGCGGGUCUUAGCCUCGGGGACGGGACCCUGCAGAACAAGGGGCGCCUGCUCUACGGGCGGGUUUUGAGCGAAGUCCGGUCUCUACUACAGCAACCAGUCAAGCCCCUGCUCGCCAGGCUUGGUUUUACAAUGAUCAUGAUGGGCAUCUAUGAGUUCACCGUCAACAAGCUUUGCGGACAGGCGCCACCACACCACGUUGGAUUGAUGCAGAUCCUACAUCAUUGCGGUUCCGAGACAUUCCGAGAGCAACCCCUGCUCGAAGUGUACCGAUCCUGCAGAGCUAUGCUUAUCUGCCAGGCCCUCGGCCGACAAAGCCGCUGCUUUCUUGAGGACAUACCCUGGAAGACUGUACCUUGGCGCCAUGCACCCAGAACCUUCGAGGACUGUCUCAUGGACAUCAUGGUCCAUCUCCCCGGGAUCGCCGAGACCCUGGCCGUCCCACAGAACCGAGCAUCCUGCCUUGACAAGAUCAAAACCUUGUCCGUCGCGUUACAAGACUGGCGCUGGGCCUGGCACGCAGCCAACUCGGCCUCAGUCCGCCAAGUCCGACACGCCGCAAGCCUUGACGACGCUGAUUCGCACCUCCGGCCCGACACGCCCAUCCUUGUCCGCCACAUGCUGCAGACCAGCCUUGAAUUCGACACACCGCGCCAGGCGCUCGACAUUCUCUACUACAACGUCGCGCUCAUCUACCUGAUGCAGCUUGAGGCCGCCGCACGCGGCCAGACAUAUCCGUAUUCCGAGGUCCUCUCGCCUGCCGAGCAGCGUUACAUCCGCCGCCAGGUGGCAGCUGCCUCCCACCAGUCGUCCGACGGCGGCGGCAGCCCGCUUCUCCUCCCGGGGCAGGCAAGAUUCCGGUGCCAGGCCGCCGCCGAGGCGUUCAUGACGCUGUCGUGCGCCACGCGGCUGCUGGCGACGACGUCAAGUAUGGUGACGGUAGUAACUCCAAUGCCGAUCGGCAUUAUGUACUGGGUGCUGCGGGACCAGAUGCAGUUGCGGGAAGAGGAGGUGGCUUUGCUGGUUUCUAGGUUCCCUGUGCUUCAGGAUGCCGAGAGUGUGUUUCCGGGGUGCUUUGUUAGUGUUGGGGUUGGUAACGCGUGAGGUGUUGCAUAAUUACGGAUAAUAUAUGCUCGACUCUCAACGGCCGAUGACAUACGCUUUAUGCGCGGGAUGGUGCGAGGAAAGUCAUUUCGGAAGUCCCUCCAAGCGUUCUUCCUGAGACAAGAUGAGGAUUGCUGCGCAGAAAGUGGAUGGUCCGGGCAUAGAACAGAUGAUCUCGGAAUACACGUCGACCAGGGCCUGUUGAAGGUCGUGACUCAGCGGCAGUGUCUGCUCGUAAACUUGGAAGCGUUGCAGGUUCAGACUGAGCCCCUCU